GUAACGACAUAUUUUUCUUCACAAAUUGUACAGUAUUUAUUAAAUAUUUGAAGUGUAAAAAAGUCCGCCAGAGUAAUAGUGAGAAUUUGUGAUUUGUAUGUCAUUAGUACACGUGCACUCACGCUAGGACGCCAUCAUGAAGAACAAAACCGCGCUUUUAGCGUUCGUGCUACUCGGCAUCUGGAUGGUGGAUGGCGCGGAGAACCGCUCGGAAGCAGUGGCUGCGGCCCCCAGCAUGGUGGUGAAGGAAGGAUCCAGCGUCCUGAUUGAGUGUAACGUGACGGGGGCCCGCGAUGACGUCAGAUGGUUCAGCCCCAGCGGACUCUUGCUGGUUGGGAACCCAGCUGGAAAGUGGAACAUUGACGAGACAGGACAACUCAACAUCUCAGUCAUCUCCUUCGGGGACCGCGGCCGCUAUACGUGCGUCCCCUCCAAUGACUCGGGGGUCGGGGACGCCAACUAUACCAUCACGGUGCGCGUGGCCCACACGGACAGCGGCUUGGGUUUGUACUACGUCACCGUCUGCCUGGUGGCCUUCUCCGUCACUAUGAUCCUCAACGUGGCCCGGCUCUGCAUGGUCAGCAGCCACCUGAAGGACACCGAGCGGGCCAUCAACGAGUUCUUCCGCACCGACGGCGCCGAGAAGCUCCAGAAGGCCUUCGAGGUCGCCAAGCACAUCCCGAUCAUCACAUCAGCCAAGACGCUGGAGCUGGCCAAGGUGACGCAGUUCAAGACCAAGGAGCUGGCGCGGCAAAUAGAGGAGCUGGCGCGCAGCAUCCCCCUGCCGCCGCUCAUCCUCAACUGUCGCACGUUCGUGGAGGAGGCUGUCAACCCUGAGACGAAGCCCACAGAGAGCGGACAGGAGCUAGUCAACGCAGAGAAUCAGGAAGUAGAAGUCGCGCUGAUGUCCAGUGAGGAGGGACAAGGCAAUAGCACCGACGUCAAGGUAGCGGUGCACUCGACGUACGCUUCACCUUAAUCCUCUUUACUUCAUUCAAAAACAUGCCAAUGAGCGCCCGACUUAUUUAUAAUACAAGAUUGGUUGGAGCAGGGAUUCAAAUACUAAUAAAAGCUGCGAGCAGCGUUGAGAGGGCCCUCGCCGAUCCAGUACUUCAGUGUCAUAAUCAUUUAGAACUAUUCUGAUCAAGAUCUGAGUUUUUGGAGCUAUGUUAUAAGAGAUGAAAGUCUUGUUGCGAGUCAUCAAAUAAAAUUUGGGCACCAAGCCACGCCCACACCCAAAGGCAUAGGCAAAAUUCCAUGGCAAUUUAUCAUAUCUGACAUUUUAAUCGCAACUCAUUUGACCAAAGUCCCUUGGAGGAGAUUUUUAAAGUUUUUGGGCCCAAAGAUGGCAAGCGUAAAUUAAGACUGCCGACUUCCUGUUUGUUUUCAAAUAUAGGUUCUUGACACUUUAAUGUGCGCCCUGUCACGAUAGACGUCUCUAGCGAUGUUUGUGACGAUACGUGAAACUGGUGGGAAGGGCUAUUUUUUUCAACAUUUCGAGGGUGUGCUCGAGAGCCAAUUUCUAAAGUUUUUUUUCGCCAAAACAGACGCACCCCUAAAAAAAUGGCAUGUUGUCGUACAUGUCAAGGGCCUCAAAAUGCGAUUAAAGUGGGAGAAAAAUGAAAACGGAGACAUUACAACAUGGCUCUCGCAGCCUUUGCUGCUCAGACCUUAAUUAUGUACAAAUUAAAUACUGUUGACCGGGCCCUCUCACCCCCACGCGACAUAAGUCUGCGGGCACUUAUGACGCAGGAUUCCCAUUCUGAGGGAAAUCAUGGAAUUUGGAGCCAAAUUAUACACACGCAUACCGUUAACCCAUUAGUGGACGUCGUCUGAGUCAAUACAAACACAGUCACAAACUAACCAAUCUUGACAAAUUUGGAGAUGGAGUUAUUUCCAUAGACAUCUUAUAAGUAGAUGCAGCUAGGGCUGCAACUAACAACUAAUUUGAUAAUCGAUUAAUACUUCGAUUAAUCGAUUAAUAAUUGGAUAAAAGAGACAAACUACAUUUCUAUCCUUUCCAGUAUUUAAUUGAAAAAAAAAACCCAGCAUACUGGCACCAUACUUAUUUAGAUUAUUGUUUCUCAGCUGUUUGUAAAUGUUGCAGUUUAUAAAUAAAGGUUUAUAAAAAAUAAAAAUAAAAAAGUAGCCUCUGCGCAUAGCAUAGAUCCAACGAAUCGAUGACUAUAUUAAUCGCCAACUAUUUUUAUAAUCAAUUUAAUCGAUUAGUUGUUGCAGCCCUAGAUGCAGCAUUGGCUGCUGUGAUGCGGAAAAUUCGUCCGCCAUCUUGAAGUGGUGAGGAGGAGCCGGCGAGCAGCCUAAACUGACAGUUGACUGGUAGAAAACAAAGAUGCCGGGCUGGUGUUCAGCAUUUUCCUGUUCAAAUGAGCGGACUGUUGAAAAUAGGAAUCGGGAGAUUACUUUUCACAAGUAAGAUUUAACAUUAACGUACUAUUGGUUGUAUUUUGUGAAAAGAAUAUUACCACAGAGUUCAGAAGGAGCAAAGACCUUCAAUAGUACUGAAAUCGUAGCCGCCAGCAAACAAGAGUAUGACCAUAAUAGAAUUGCUUGUCAAUGAAAUUAAUUACAUUUGAAAAUGUCAUACUUGAAUAACAUAAAGUUGAAAUAAAUAAUAAAGAUAAAGAUUGUAAAAGCCAACAGGGGUAAAAGUUAGGACCACAGUCCAGAUUUUGUAAGUGGUUUGGGGGGGUAAUAUAAGUUAGCUAACUAAAAAAUUAGAUGGACAGUGGCUAUACAGUAUUAUACAAGUCUAAAUUUAGUCUAGCUUUUCCAACCCAAUUUUGUGUAGCCCACCUUCGUGAAAUGUGUGGGACUUUUAUCCAAAGCGACAUACAUAAAAAAUACAUAUAAAACAAUCACUGUAAACAUUAUCAUUUAAGGGAAGAAUGUAAUACAAAAUAUCAAUACAAAGUGUCAAGACAGAAUAAACUCUCUGCUGCUGCAGCAACAGAGAUACAGUUUAUAGGUCCCUAAGAUAUAUGGCUAUCUAAUGUAUUCAUACAUUGUUUAUGUAGGAUAUGCGCAUGUGUGUAUAUAUAACCUAAUCAUAUUGUUUCUUCAAUUUAAAAAUAUCAGACCGUUUUUUUUCCCCCCCCCUUCUCUGGGAUUAUAUUCCCAGUUUUGAUCUCGGACGUCCGGUCACUUAUAGCAUAUAAGAAUAUUCUAUUACUGUUAAGAAAACUAUGAAUAAUAAAACACGCCAAAACAUGUGUCCUUUAUCAUAGCUACACGUAUGACAAAAAAACGCGUGAAAAUCAGUGGUAUUCAGUGAGGUAAGAUGAAUUAAAUGCGCUGACAGUUCAUUGCUCCUGCCAAAUUAAUUGCACUGAGUGGAGCGGAUCACCACUCCAAGAUGGCUGCCCCACGUCUCGUCAGCGCCAGUAGGCAGUAGCGCUUGAUACUGUGUCUACUUAUAAGAUGUCUAUGGUGUCAAGUACCUAAAUAUAUGACUCUUAAGUUUAUAUCGGUAAAAUUAACAAAAAAAAAGUCAGCAUGUGUCUAGUACCAAAAUGUGUAAAACCCUGAGGUGUUUAGAAGACUUUGGGCUUUUUGCCGAAAUAUCCCACAAUGCAUUGCCGGCGACCAUGUUGGUAGGCUUUGUUUGCUGAGACUCAUUGUUCACAACAGAGCUAUUCAAUGUGCACGUGAUUUUCCAAAGUAUUCAUUGGUAAAUAACAUGGCGCCGGCUUUGAUACGACAGAUAGAUACUUUGAGUCACUAGAUAUGAAGUAUUUUCAUCGUUAUGAAGACAAAACAGCCUUAACUGAAUGUGAAGAUCCUUACCGUAUCGACAAGUCUGAGUGGAGUGGAGAUAACGACAUCAUCCCCAAUGUUUCAUACCUGGACUUUGUAAGGUACUUAAGUUUCAACCCAGCCCAUUUUACACUUUGAAGGACUUUCCAAAUGAUCAGUGUAAAAAGCUCUGAACGUUUAUUUUGUUGUUGUUUUUCUUAGUGGAUGGGUUUGUGAUGUGUGUGUUUCUGUAUAAACCCAGUGAAGGCUAGAGUCAUGCACUCUUGUGCUGUCAUCUAUUUUAGAUUAAUUUCUACUUACAAUCCCCCCCCCCCCCCCCCCAAUUUAUAGCUUACCUGAAAUAAAAUGAUCUAUUGUGUCAGUGGACAAUAGCACAUGUUAAUGUUAGCAUGCUAACAGUUAGCACAUGUAAAGCACUUAAAAAAUGACUCUUAACUGUAUAUUGGCAAAAUGAAAUGAAAACAGCUAGCAUGUUAAUGUUCGCAUGCUAACAGUUAGCUUAUGUAAAGCACUAAAACAUAUGACUUUUUGAUGUACAUAUGCAAAAUGAGCUAAAACAGCUAGCAUGCUAACAUUUAGCAUGUGUCAAGUUCCAAAAUAUAUGACUGAGGUGUAUACAGUUAGAAAUAAAAUGGGUGAAUAAAAUAUAUCAUCCUUUUUGCGUAAUAUUCUCAUUUAUAGUAAAAAAAAAAAAGAAAACAGGAUAACAUAAACAAAUAUGAAAUACAGCUUGGUAUUUCCCUCAUUUGAUACGUUUUAUAGAAACUGUUGAAAUUAGCAUAUAUAAUGUUAUGAAAUAUAUUUGUUUGAUAUAUUGUAUUUUGACAGUAACAAUUUGUCACACAACUUGAAGUUUGUUAUUUUUCAUGAACUGGAAUAUUAACUGGGAAAUGAAGUACAGCAAAGCUAGCUGUUUUUUUAAUAUCGUUUUGACCUAAUUCUUGUUCCUGUUUUGUUUAAACAUUCCUACACUUCUAUGUAUUUUUAAGAUUGUUACUUAAAACAAUACUUGUACAGGUAAUAAACAGUUUAAUGAUGGCCACAAUUCCUUCACUGUUAUUUCCUAUGGGGGUAAUGUAAUCUUACUGGAACCAGACCUUGUUUUUAUUUGCUGAGCUCUCACUUUUUCUGUUUCCUCCUACAUUUGUAUCACCUUGAUUUGUGCUCACUUUGACAGACCUUUAUCUUUUUUUCUUUUCCCCCCUUUCUUGUUUCUAUGUCGACACCCAAAGAAGAGUAAUGCACAUUUAAUCCGUGCCUCUGUGUUGGUCUGUUAAUUUCAGGUUGAAUUUAUUUACAAAAAAACCUGUUUCAUAAACAAUACACAGUGACCUUUUGCCGAGGAGAUUA